AUGUCUGACGAAGUGAUCUGGCAAGUUAUAAAUCACCAGUUCUGUGCAUUCAAGAUAAAGACUGAUAAAGACCAGAACUUCUGUCGAAAUGAAUACAACGUCAGUGGUUUGUGCUCCAGGCAAUCUUGUCCGUUAGCCAACGCGCGGUAUGCCACCGUCAAGAAUGUCGGUGGACGGCUCUACUUGUACAUGAAGACUGCUGAGAGAGCCCACAUGCCCUCCAAGAUGUGGGAGAGAAUCAAGUUAUCCAAGAACUACCAAAAGGCAUUAUCACAGAUCGACGGCAGAUUGCAGUACUGGCAGAAGUUUUUGAUCCACAAGUGCAAGCAGAGAUUGACCAGAUUGGUCCAGGUUGCCAUCAAUGAAAGAAGAAUGGCGUUGCAGGAGGAAGAGAGGCACUAUGUGGGAGUUGCUCCCAAGGUCAAGAGAAGAGAGGAGAACAGAGAGCGCAAGGCAUUGGCGGCUGCCAAGAUCGAGAAGGCCAUCGAGAAGGAGUUGUUGGAGAGAUUGAAGAGCGGAGCAUACGGCGACCAGCCCUUGAACGUGGACGAGAGUGUGUGGAAGAGGGUGUUGGGCAAGGUCGAGGGAGAGGAGGAUGAAGAGGAGUUCGACGACGACGAGGAUGUCGAGUUGGAGAGUGGCGACGAGAGCGAUGUUGGCGAGGUCGAGUACGUCGAGGACGAUGGCGACGACGAGUUGGUGGAUGUGGAAGACUUGGAGAGAUGGUUGGACGACUCCUCUGCCGACGAGUCCGAGUCUUCGGACGACGACGACGACGACCAGCAAGGCGCCAAGCGCAAGGCCGACGACACCCCAGCAUCCAAGAAGAGAAGAAGACCAAGAGUGGAGAUCGAGUACGAACAAGAAACCGAGCCGAUCACCAACAUUGCAACCACCUGA